GUUUCUCAAUACGUGGAGGCAUUGGUAUCUGUACAUUCGUAGAAUAGUGACAACGUACUUCAUACCACUACAGCUGGGAGUUGUGGCUGGCCUCCUUUGGGCGAACAUUGACGAGGACAGUUAUGUCUACCUGUGGGGAAAUGAUGAGGAGAGGACGCUCGAUCUCGGUGGUGCCCAUAUAGCUGGCGAACCG